UGUUCCGAGAAAAACUAAUUCUUGGAAAUUAAAUAGCAUUUCAGUUACGCUAAUUAAAAUCGUUAUUGAAUUUACUAACUUUCAGAUUGGAAAAAGCAAACAAGAUUUCUAAAAAAACUCAUGGAUUCAACUAUUCACAAGUUAGAAGGUUUAAGAUUGCAAAAUUUACAAAAUAAUGUUCAUUAUACUUGUUCUCCGUGCGGUAAGCAUAACUGUUUUGUGUGUUUAACUAAAUGCGAGGCUUGCAGAAACUUAAAUUGUUCAUGCAGAACAAUAGAGUAUGGAAAUGAAAUUUCGAGAGUGAAACCAAAGCCUAGUAUCUACAAUAAUUCACUUAUUAAAGUUGGGGGAGUUGGAGAUUUUUGCGAAAUAAAGUCUUUUAGAGAUGCUAACUUACCAGAAGUACUAAUUGAAAACCUUAGAAAGCUUUUAUACAAGGUUCCUACACCUGUUCAGUCGAUAGCAAUACCAAUAUUACUAGAAGGCAAAGAUUUAGUAGCUCGUGCAGAAACUGGAUCAGGAAAAACGGCUGCAUUUUUAAUACCAAUUGUUUCAACCUUAAUUAAAAGAAAAACAGUGAAUUCAAUGAAUCCAUUUGCUGUAAUUUUAACUCCCACACGAGAAUUGGCUUUACAAAUUGAGAGAGAAGCUUUGUUGUUGACAGAAAAUACCUUUAUAAAGCCAGUAUGUACCUAUGGUGGAAUAACUAUUGGUCAUCAGAAGAAAAAAAUUGCAAAAGGCUGUGAUAUACUUAUUGGAACCCUUGGAAGAAUCCUUCAUCUUGCUAAACAAUCAAUGCUCUCCUUAAAAGAACUCAAAAUACUUAUUAUUGAUGAGGGAGAUCAUAUGCUAGAUAAAAAUUUUGUUAAAGAUAUUGGAAAAUUAGUGCAUGACUUUGAUAUGCCUGAAAAAUCUCUACGACAGACUGCUUUAUUUUGUGCAACAAUACCGACUACUCAAAUAAUCCAUGAUGACAAAGGAGUUAAAAAAAAAUUAGCAUUUUUUACUGAUACUGUUUGCAUGUUUUUAAAUGAUACAUACUGUCAUGUAGAUGUUGGUAACAAUUUGGUUACACCAAAAUCCAUAAUUCAACAAUUUUUGUUUGUAGAUAAACUGGAAUUAAAAUUUCAAUUAUUAGAAAAAAAAAUCGCUGAAGAACUAUCAAAUGAAAAUAAAACUAUUGUUUUCAUUGAAACCAUUAAAGAAACAAUAAAAGUAGCUCAACAGCUGUGCAUUAAAGAUUACCCUGUAACAGUUAUUCAUGGUCGGCGUACUCAAAAUGAUCGGAAACAAGCUAUGUAUGAAUUCAAUGAAGGUUUAAAACCUCUUUUGAUAUGUACCAAUGUUAGUGCACGUGGUCUUGAUAUUUUUGAAGUUAAAACAGUAAUAAAUUAUAAUUUACCGAAUCUUACUCAUGAUGAUAUUAGAACAUACGUAUAUCGAAUAGGGCGUGCAGGUCGUAUUGGGAAUCCAGGCAAAUCAAUCUCAUUGUUUUUGAAAGGAAGGGAUGAAGUCCUAGCUAAACCAUUGGUUGUUUUAUUAGGAGGGUCUCAACAAGAGGUACCAACAUGGCUAGAGGAGCUUUGCUUAGUUCGUGAAAUGGCAAAAUUGGGUAACUAUUCUCAAGCAAUUUAUGAAACAAAAAGGGUUGCAAUGCUUACAGAGAAAAAUUCUAGUGAUGAUACUAGGAGGUUUGAAGACAAAGGAAAAGUAAAGGAUAUUUCUUAUCGUUUUUCUAAGUUGACUCCUAUAUAAAACAUAAUUUAUGAAGUUUUAUGUUGUGAAGUCUGCAUGUUUAUUAACAAAAUUACGAUAGGUUCUCUUCACUUUUUUUCUUCUUUUUUUCUUUUUUGCAAAAUUUUGUUUGUAAACAAACUUGAAAUCUAUUGAAAUUUUUUGUAAAUAAACUUGCAUCUAUUGAAAUUUUUUGUAAAUAAACUUG